UUACAUCACAAAGUAAAAAAAACAAAACUCAAUACAUUUCCUCAUUUUCUAGCGUUUUUCUUCCUUUUCUUUGGGUAUAUAAAAACAUUCAGUUUUUUUCUGUUUGUUCUCUUCAAGAGUAUCCUUUUCCGGGAUUUCAGACAAAAACCCAGUUUUGGAAACUACGAAUUUAUUUUCUUUCACAAAUUCCGGAUUUUUCUUUUCCCACUGAGAAAUAAAUAUAAAUUGAAUGAAGGGACACCAAAAAGACUCGUCGGAGAAACCCAAUAAGGUUCGGAGCUCUUCGGGUGUAUCUAUGACCCGACCCGUUCAAAGACUCAUAAUCUGGCUCAUCCUCUUUAUUUCCGUCACUUACAUCAUCUACACUCUCAGAAUCGUCUCCACUUCACGCCCUUGCGAAGAAAAUCCAACGAUUCUCCAACAAAGACCGCAGAAAAAAGCGGUUGCGGUUGAGGCGGUUGCGGUGGAGCACGAAGCGACCGAUCUAAACAAUGUGGUAUUCGGGAUUGCGGCGUCGUCGAAGCUGUGGAAAAAGAGGAAAGAGUAUAUCAAGAUUUGGUAUAAGCCGAAGAUAAUGAGAGGCUACGUGUGGUUAGAUAAAGAGGUAAAGAAGAUCGAAUCCGACGACGGGGAUCAAGAAAACCUCCCGCCGAUGAGAAUAUCCGGUGAUACGGCGUCGUUCCCUUACAAGAACAAGCAAGGACACAGAUCAGCGAUUCGGAUAUCGCGGAUCGUGUCGGAAACGCUGAUGAGCCUUGAUUCCGAUUCGAGGAAGAACGUGAGGUGGUUCGUUAUGGGUGAUGACGAUACGGUGUUCGUCACGGACAAUUUGAUUAGGGUUUUGAGGAAGUACGACCACGAGCAGAUGUAUUACAUUGGGAGCUUGUCGGAAUCUCAUUUGCAGAACAUUUACUUCUCUUACGGAAUGGCUUAUGGUGGAGGAGGUUUCGCGAUUAGUUAUCCAUUGGCCGUGGCUUUGAGCAAGAUUCAAGAUCAGUGUAUUCGAAGGUAUCCGGCGUUGUACGGUUCCGAUGAUCGUAUGCAAGCUUGUAUGGCGGAGCUUGGAGUUCCAUUGACCAAGGAGCAAGGUUUUCAUCAAUACGAUGUUCAUGGGAACCUUUUCGGCCUCUUAGCUGCACAUCCGGUAACACCGUUCGUAUCAAUGCACCACCUCGACGUUGUGGAACCGAUCUUCCCAAACAUGACCCGCGUUCGAGCCAUCAAGAAACUAACCACACCGAUGAAACUCGACUCGGCCAGUCUUCUCCAGCAGUCAAUAUGCUACGACAAGUACAAAAGCUGGACAAUAUCUGUCUCGUGGGGAUACGCGGUCCAGGUGUUCCGUGGAUCGUUCUCUCCCCGGGAAAUGGAAAUGCCUUCUCGAACUUUCUUGAAUUGGUACAAAAGAGCUGAUUACACCGCCUACGCAUUCAAUACAAGGCCAGUGAGUCGCAAUUCAUGCCAAAAACCGUUUGUUUUUCACAUGUCGAAUGCCAAAUUCGACCCGCGAUUGAACACGACGGUUAGUGAAUACACGAGGCUUCGGGUUUCUCAUCCUGCUUGCAGGUGGGAUAUGGCUAACCCGGAGGAGAUCAACACUAUAGUCGUCUACAAAAAACCAGACCCUCACUUAUGGGACAGGUCACCGAGAAGGAACUGUUGCAGAGUAUUACAAACAAAGAGGAAUAACACAUUGUGGAUCAAUGUUGGGGUAUGUAGAGCAGGUGAAGUUACUGAAGUUAGUCAUUUAUAAUUUUGUUUUUCUUUUUGGGAAUAUCUAUUGUAAACAAUAUAAUGUAAUUUAUAAUGAGACGAUUUUGCUGACCAUCGAUAUCGAUUUUAUUUUGUAUCCGGUGCUAAUUGGAAUUUAAUAAUAAUCUGCUGGAAAACAGCCCUAAUGUUCUAA